GUUGUUGUUGAAACAAGGCAGUCCUUCAGGUGAAACGUCCCCCUGAAGCCCUGGGUCCUUCGAGACUGGAGUUCCCCCGCACCUUUCCUCCCUGAGCGAAGAGGUUCCGCCAGAGCCCUGGGUUCCCCCAGCUUCGCAGGAAGGAUUUUGUGGAACUGGUCGAGUCGCUGUCCUCCCAGAAGGAGGACGAGUCGUGGCUUCCAGCCCUGCACCCCCGCAGACAAGGGCCUGCGGAAUAUGUCCCUAGAUGCAGUGGACGGAGCGCGGGCCGUGGAGCCAGAGAGGGGGUCCUGCCAGCCAAACACAGCCCACCACCUGUUUUCAUAUGGCCUAACGUGCCCACACUACCUCCUGCGUGGAACUGUUGAGGACUUAGUGAGAAGAUUCGCCCAAGAGCACAAAGUGUGUGGGCUGGGAUGGUGAGAAUCCUAUGGCUAUUCCAGACUGUGCGCUUCAGAACCGGAGGGGUCGGCUGCUCCUCCUGGGCAGUGUCCGCUUGUUCAAGCUGUACCAUCUGCCUGGAGUCUGUGCUGCCGCCAGGAUGCGGUGGCGGGACCGCGUGGCCGUGCUCUUCUUCCCACAAGGCAUGAUUCUCACCAUGGCUGCACUGAUGCUCUUCUUCAUACACCUGGCCGUCUUCGCCAGCGACGUGCACAACUUCUGCGUCACCUACCACUAUGACCGCAUGAGCUUCCGCUACACAGUUGUCCUGAUGUUCUCCCAGGUGAUCGGCAUCUGCUGGGCCGCCGUGGGGUCACUCUACGCUGAGAUGACACAGGACAAGUUUCGUCGAUGCUUUUCACUGACCAUCCUGAUGCUCAACGGAGCCAUGUUCUUCAACCGCCUGUCCCUGGAGUUUCUGGCCAUUCAGUACCGGGAAGAGAACCACUGAGGCCUGGGGCCCAGGCUGAGAAGGGGGAAGGAAAAGGCUGCUUCGGAUGUUUUAAUAAAGUCUGUCAUUUAUUUCCA